ACGGGCCUGAAUUAGCACCAGGGAGAGGCUUCUUCACGUUUGAUUGUGAUAUUAACCCAAGCUGGUGACGUUUGCAAAUGGAUGCUAGCGUGGGCUGAGGAUUCACACAUGGCUGGUGCACCUCUGGAAGUGUAUGAACUGAGAGAAAAACCAAGUGUGGACAGAAAAGGGAGAGGGCAUAGCACCUCCCACGUCCUAUCUGCGAGAAAGAGGGAGAGAGACAGAGAGAGAGAAAGAGAGAGAGUGUCUGCCUGCCUGCCUGCCUGCCGUGGUGGUGUUGGAAAUCGGACGACAUGAGCUCUACAUGAACCGCGUAAAAUGCUUUAAGACGCUUUCGGCGUUUGUCUCUCAUCCUCCCGAACCAAGGACGAGCCCGAAGAGGAGCUGUACUUCGCGACCAGGUGUAACACUGUCUUAAGCCUGAGGGGGCAGAAUGCCGGAGCAGAGCAACGACUAUCGUGUGGUGGUGUUUGGGGCUGGAGGAGUCGGGAAGAGCUCCCUGGUGCUGCGCUUUGUGAAGGGCACCUUCAGGGACACCUACAUCCCCACGGUGGAGGACACCUACCGCCAGGUGAUCAGCUGCGACAAGAGCGUGUGCACCCUCCAGAUCACAGACACAACGGGAAGCCACCAGUUCCCAGCCAUGCAGCGUCUGUCCAUCUCCAAAGGCCACGCCUUCAUCCUGGUCUACUCAAUCACGAGCAAACAGUCCCUGGAGGAGCUCAAACCCAUUUACCAACAGGUUCUGGCCAUUAAAGGCAACGUUGAGGCGAUCCCCAUCAUGCUUGUGGGAAACAAAAGUGACGAAACCCAGCGAGAGGUGGAGACCAAGGACGGGGAGGCCCAGGCCAACCAGUGGAAGUGCGCCUUCAUGGAGACGUCGGCCAAAACCAACCACAACGUCACCGAGCUCUUCCAGGAGCUCCUCAACCUGGACAAGAAGAGGAACAUGAGCCUCAACAUUGACGGCAAGCGCUCCGGGAAGCAGUCCCGCGCAGAGAGACUGAAGGGCAAAUGCAGCGUGAUGUAAAAAAAAAAGAAAGAAAGAAAAAUACACCCAGGAGAGGAGGAGAUAGAUGGUGGAAGUGGAGGCGAGAGAGAGAGAGAGAGGGGGGUGAGGAAAUCCAGAGAGGAAGACGAGAGAGAGACUCACUAAGUGUAUCAGGAAUGUUUGGAAGGAAAUCUCUUCAUCCUCCUUCAGUUUUCGACCGGUGCAUUCACAAACUCGACUUACAUACAGGAAAACAUUUCAGUUUGGACCAUACAUUCAUGUGCAUUCUGCUAAAAGGAGACGGAGAAGACAAACGGACUCGUCCAAGUGCCACAAAACCAGGCCGAGAAGCUCACCGUGGCUGCAGCGAUCCUCAAAAAACACUGAAGGUUUCUGAUCAGAGCAACACAUCUAAUAUCCUCCCUCGCUUCUACACCGUCCCUCCCUGCUCCCUAAACCCCCACUCAUCCUUCACAUACCCCCUAAUAUACAAGUUAUAGAUAAUGUAUAUGUAACAGAGUCAACAACGUUACCUAAGCUCACUCACCUGGUAGAAACACUAUUUUAAAAGACUGAGGCGUCUGUCAUUGUAGUAAACACAGGACUGGAAAGUUUGCUAGCAUGAACGAGACGCAUUACAGCAGCCAAACGUAUGACCCAGCCACAUCCCAGACCCUGAUGUACAUAAACGUGGGAUAUUUCAAUGUAUUCCAUCUAGACACCCCCUCCCCAGUUCAAUCACAGAAACAGAGUGAUUCAAGUUUGAAGCUUUACAGCUUAAACUUGUACUAAGAGGACAAAAUCGCUCAUCUUCUCCACCUCAUCAUUCCACUUCAAAGAUGAAAAAAAGACCCUGCUUUUACAUUUAGUACACUGUUAGGUUAAAAACUCACCUGCAAAUCCUCCUAAAUGGCCUCAUCUGACGUGGAGAAGCAUCCAGCGGCAGGGUUUGCACACACGCAACAAUCCUUUUAAGACUCUCAUCAAGUGUAGAGUGACUCUGGAUAAAAAGGAAACUGGGCUCUGAUCAAAAUACAAAACAGAAAUACAGAAAGCCUUGCCUUGCCUACGAGGAUGAUGCACUUGGAUAAUCGUUGCCAAGCCGGUAAGACCGAAAAAAAAGGGGGGGUCGGCUCGAGAAUGUCAGUUUGCUUUGGCACUUUUCACAUGGAAGGUUUCUCUUUUUGCCUUUUUCUUUUUCUUGUUUGCUUUAUGAUGCUCUUUGAAUUCAUGUAAAGUCCAAAAAAAAAGAAGAAAAAAAUCCCUCCUUAGACAAAAAGCACACAGGGGGAAGAGGGGAAAAAAGGGAGGGGAUGGAUGUAAAAUAGCUCCAUGCAGAUUCUUCAGUGCAUAAUUCUGUUUCCUCUUUGGUUGCAUCGCCUUUUGCAUCCGGGAAUCAGUGAACAGAAGGGGUCUCUCUCUCUCUCACACACACACACACACACACACACACACACACACACACACACACACACACACACACACACACACACACACACACACAGAUAGCAUGCACACAAAUGCAUCCAUGCCAAAAAAAGAAGGAAAAAAAUCACACACGCAGCUCUGAUAGUAGCGACACUGUCGACUGACUACAUGAAGACAAGCAGGGCUCGCCCGGCCUAAAUGCCCUCACAUUGCACUUUAAAUCAUAAACACACACAGAUCUUUUCAUUUGCCAUGCUUUUGCCUGCAUUAUGCAUUAGAGAGGAGCCACUGAAAAGCUCUAUUGUUUGUCCAAAGUGCAUGUACACACCCUUUUUUUCCCCUCUACGCAGGAGCUCUGAAUAUUGUACACAGGACAGCCAAAAGCACAAUACUUUUUACCAACAUAUCUAUUUCUACAUUUUUUGUGUUUUCUAAUUUUUUUCUUUUUUGUGUGUGUGCGUGCGUGUGUGUGCAGUUUUCAUCGUUAACAUUUUAUCCACUAGUCCUAAACACACGGAAGUGCAUCGAGAUCAUAGGUAGCUUUCAGUCUCCAGUGCUUUUAUUCGUCCGGCACAAUGAGGUUGUGAUUCUGCUGAACAACAGGGUAUCGUGAAAGGCGCAAAAUGUGACGUGACUCUGCAGGAAAUCGCGUAGAAAUGCCGAGGAGGGUCAGAUUAUUUGUCCACUUUUCUCCAUCUCUCAGGCGGUUUUAACGACGACAAAAAAAAAAAAAUGUGUGGAGGAUAAUCUGUUCCUGUACUGUUAAACCCAAAGACACAGAUGAUAACCCCUUUUAACUGUGUGUCCAUCUCUCUCUCUCUGGAAAAAACAACAACAACAAAAAAAAAAAAACAAACGAAAAAAGAAAAAGCACAGCAACUGUUCUCGUCUGUCUCCUUCUCUGUGUUCAUGUGUGCAGCAGGAUCAACAACUGGGCACUUUAAGGGUGACAUUUUACUUGAAGACUUGCUUAUUAAUCAGCGACGCCUCAUUUUUAAGCACCAUGUAAAAUGUCCCGCCUGCAUUGUUCACGCCCGUGACAAACCUCCAUAAAAUCUCUUUCAGACGUGUAGUUAUUGUAAAUAAGCAUACGGUAGUUCAAUGAAAUGUUUUUAACAGCUUCAAGUAAGAUGUUACCCAUGUAAAGAAAUACUGUAUUUCUGGGAAUAAGUCCUUUGUAACCAGGAAAUGUUGUUACAGUAGAAAGUUCCGUGUUGCUAUGUACUGUAAUAUAACAUCUUAAUAAUGAUGCUCAUGAUAUAUCGUAUUUGACACAUCCACUCUUCAGAUCUAUCAAUUAGACGAUACUAGCAAAAUGUGAAUAUGUAACAAAAGGUUCCACUCCAUGGCUGUUACUCUUUUUUUUUAAAUUUCAUUUUAUUUUGAAAAGCUGAAUGACUCCGUUGUUGUUGCUGUGUUGUAUUUUGCACUAAUGUGAGGUCCGGUUUUAAAAAAUUUACAUUGUACCCUUUACCUGUUAGAUGCCAGGGAUGCUCACUCUUUUCAUUUUCUCAUCCAUUCAAAGACAGGAAGUGUGAAACAGUUUCAGUUGUGUUUGUUUUUCCCACCUAACAUGAUGCCAGAUACUAGUAGACGAUGAUGUGGCCAUGUCAAGCGCUAAAUCUUUAAACAAAAAAAAAGGAAAAAGACUCUGAUAAUGAUUUUCCAGACCCAGUCCUGAUCUGAUGUGAUGCAUAGCUAACCGGCAGUGGUGCACACGCUGCAUAAAUAUCAGCCCUGACACGUCUGGUUGCUUCACGCAAAUGCCAGAUUGCGUGCGCGUUUGUGCAAUCUGUUGUUCUGCUGACGUUAACAGGAGACUGUCAUUGUUCAUGUCCCUGCGUGGAAUACGAUACAGCAGGGAGGGGAAGGAGAAAAAAAACAAUGAGCAGUAUGGACAACAAGCUGGAGCGAGUGAGGGAGGGAGCAACAGCUAUAAUAGUGUGAAAAUAUGAAGUUCAACUGCACUAGCCGUGCCCUGUAUCGGUGUGUGUGUGUGUGUGUGUGUGUGUGUGUGUGUGUGUGUGUGUGUGUGCGUGCAUGUGGGGAGUGUGUGUGAGCAUCCGCUGAGUUUUUCCGGAUGGUGUGAGCUCGACAAAGAAUCAGGACAGACACCUUUUGCACCCUGUGGCUCGUCUCAUCUCAUUUACAGAUGAAGCAAAUUCACCGUCUGUGUGUGUCUGUGUGCGUGCGUGUGUGUGUGACUGUGAGUGAAUCCAUUCCCCCCAAACUUCCUUUUCCGGCCUGCAUGAGUGUGUAUGUGUGCACGCGCGUGUGAUGUCGCUGCUGUUGUGCCAUCUUUACGAAGUGUCUGUCAGAAGUUUGAAGCUUCCCUGUGGUGAAUGCCUACACAUUCUGCAUGAGUCAUCCAGCACAACACACGCAUGGACACAUUAUAGACCAGGCAUGGAGGCAAAAUAGACUGACUGCACGCCCUCUGAUUGCACACACACACACACACACACACACACACACACACACACAUACAUUUACACACACAGGUUACAUCCACACAGGCCUCGUCAGUGAAACCUCAUCGGCUGUUGUUUCCGUCGUACCUCUGUCAGCGUUGCUUGGCCAUAAAUCAGCCCCCUGAGAUCUUCCUUUACACUCAUCCCACUGUUUGUUUUAGUUUUUGUAUGUGUGUGUGUGUGUGUGUUUGCGAGUCGGUUUGCACUUGAACAGACUGAAAACCGACCCCUGCUCACAUCGGGACUGUAGAUAGUUGUAAAUAGUGUUCAAAGGAUUUAAUAUUUCAGAGAUGCGAGAGGAGAGCGUGCAGAGUAAAGGAUGCUGCGGUUGGUCCACUGCAUUUUUCUUCUUGCAGUCCAAUCAGAAGCGAGGCGGUAAAAGUUAAAGCUUUCUUCACGCGAACGCAACUUGAACUUUGUGUUUGGGCUUUUUCCUUUAAGAGGGGAAUCUAUGGAGACCAAAAAUGCCCAGGAUUAGAGGUAUAAAUAAGACACUAUGAAAUGAAUAAUCACAUGAAUAAAUACAGAUAAAAUGACCAUGAAAUUGUUAAAUUAAAUACUCAGAACAUAACCUGCUUCUUUAUAAUUACAGAUUUUAAUGCAGGUGUUGCUACUUUUCAAAGCAUCAAGAAACAUUUAUUAAACAAUAUAUUGUUUCAUGGUUCAUUUAUAUAUUCAAUCUGAAUAUAAUUUGUGUGAUUAUGUAUUUCUUAGUGACAGUUUUAUCUGUUUAAUACCGUUGUUUGACACUGUUUGGGCCUCCAGAUCGACAUACACAGAUAUUUGUACAGGAUCAGGGGAAGUUCAUCUCAGUUGUUUGCCACCAGUGAAGUAACAGGAUACUUACUGGUAAUGUUGCUGAAGAUUCUCGUCUAGCGGAGGGAGUUUGGUUCACAUGUGUUCUUCCAUAGCAGGAUGGAUGUGAAGCUGAAACAAAAGGGCAGUCAGUAGAAGGUUAAAAUACACAAGAGAAAGCCGCGGCUCUCUGGUACGUCAGGCUCGUUUCUAGCAGCGAGGGGCAGGUUGCAGUCCUGUCCAGUCGAGCUUCAUGUCAGACGAUCUGGAAGGAAAUCAGUGCAGGAGGAUGGAAAUCGAAAAAAACACUCCCACUGACCCUGCUGACCUCUCUGGCUCACCCCUUUACAUCUUGUCUGAUCGCCUCAGAUCCUCGCAAGUUGAUUUUGCAGACAGAGGGGGGGUGCGUACAGCCUGGACUUUGUGGGUAACGUAGUUUGGUACUAUCCUGUCGCUCUGGCCCUUCAUUCCUGCAUGGUCCCUAUUGGUGUUCCAGCCAGCAUGAGAACAAGGACACAAACUGUGAAUCAUCUUUGUAUUUUUUAAAUAAAUUCCUCAGCAGCGUUUAUGGCUUCGGUUUUUGCAAACGGUUUGUUUCUUUUUUCUUUUCUUCUUUUUUUUUGGCACUUAUUGUUUUUGUAAAUGAUUCUCUCUGUUUAUUUAUUUUUUCUCCGUUGGGACUUUCUUUUUUAUUUAACUAAUUAUGAUGUAUAGAUAUUUAUUCUAGCAAUAGUCUUCCUAUUAAGAUAUACUGUGCUGAUGCAUCCUCUGAAUAACUGAAACUAACAUAUAUAAAUAUAUAUAGAGAGAGAUGAUAAUAAUAAUCAAAUCUGCAAAAUGAUUUUCCUAAUAAAAAUGUUAACUGAG